CGAUAGACGUAUCGAUAUCGCGAGCGAACGAAUCAGCGAGCUGAAAUCAUACGAUUGCACCGAGCGUCAUCGAAUCGAACAAUCGAACGAACGUCGAAAGGCUGACCGAUUCUUUUUCCGAGAAGAGGCAAACGCUGAAGUUGUCAAAAUGUUGAUGCCAAAAAAGAAUCGUGUAGCUAUUUACGAGUAUCUUUUUAAAGAGGGAGUCAUGGUAGCGAAGAAGGAUUAUCAUGCAUCAAAGCAUCCAGAAUUGGAAAAUAUUCCUAAUCUUCAAGUAAUUAAGGCUAUGCAGUCCUUAAAAUCUAGAGGAUAUGUGAAGGAACAAUUUGCAUGGAGACAUUUCUAUUGGUACCUGACAAACGAUGGUAUUGAAUAUUUGCGUGGAUACUUACAUUUACCACCUGAAAUUGUGCCCUCCACCCUUAAGAAACAACCGAGAUCCGAGACUACAAGACCGAGACCAGCCGCAACUAGGAGCGAAGGCUCCAGACCGACGGAGGAUCGCGCGGGAUAUAGACGAGGACCAGGUGGUCCUCCAGGUGCUGGUGACAAGAAGGCCGAUGUUGGCGCGGGCACCGGCGAUCUAGAGUUCCGUGGUGGCUUUGGUCGUGGAAAAGCCCUUCAAUGAUUUUUUUUAAUAUAAAAAUAAAUAUGCUCU